AUGGCGAUGCUCCGCCAAAACUUCCAGAGCUUCCUCACGGGCGGUGUCGUCGCGCUCGCUUUUGGCUACUACCGCGUGCACCAGGACAUCUACGUUGCGGCGGGAGCAGUAGACGCGCGGAUCGAAGCGCUCGGCAGCGAGACCGUCAGCUCCGUCGCUGCGAUGCAGAAGCGGGUAAAGGCACUCGAGCAAGAAGUGGCCGCGCUCAAAGCGCUGAAAGGAUAG